UUAAUACAAACAUGAGAGACCUGAAGACACUUGCUAACAACACAUCUGUGCAAAUUGAAUACCUGACAGCCCAGUACACCACAGUAAAGAACAAAGUCCUGUCAGAUCUCAACAACACUGGACCUUUGCUGGGCGGUAGGAUCCACAGUCAGCUGGCGAAAGAGGUGGUUCUCUCACUGGGCACUGCCCUGCGAGUGACAGGAGGAAAAGUUGAGAGUGCCAUCAAAGCCAUGCGGGAGACCAAAGAGGCCCUGGAGAACAUCAGCUCCUCUUUGGAGGUGCUUCAGGAGGGGACAGGGAAACUUCUGGCCAGUCUCUCAGCGGAACGCGCCUCUUUGUCCAAUACCCUGUCUGACCCCGCCUGCACCAACGGAGCCAUCCCACACACAUGCAACACCAUCCAAUCCACGCUGUCCCAAAUUCGAGUCAGCGCAGACUUUUCCAAGCUCCCAGAUGUCAGUCAUGCCUUGGCCAAUGUAAACAUAGUCCUGAGAACAGAUCUCAGUAACAUUGUACAAAAGGGUUAUUCAUCCUUUAAUGACACACCAAAACUGGUUAAAGAGCAAACUAAAAACAUUAUCUCAGCUCUACCUCGAGUAAAGGACAUGUUGGAUAAGAUUGGCACAGAGAUCAGCAGCUUCUCCAAAAUGUUCCCAGUGGAAACCUCUAUGGCCAAUUUCAUCAUAUAUCUCAAUCAACAACAAAAGACCAUUGAGUCCUUUUACCCACAGAUUGAUCAAAUCGAUUUCUACAGGUGGAUCGGCUGUGUGGUGGUGCUCUGCAUGGUUGUCUUGGUCUUGGCCUUCAGCAUCCUUGGAGUGACGUGUGGCAGCUGUGGCUACGACAAGCAGGCUACACCUACAACCCGAGGAUGCCUGUCAAAUACUGGCGGCAACCUGCUAAUGGCUGGGGUGGGCUUCUCUUUUAUCUUUGCCUGGGUGCUGAUGGCUAUUGUGACCACCUUGUUUGUUCUUGGUGGCAACGUGGAGAAGCUGAUGUGUGAACCCCUGGCUAACCGACAGCUAUUUGAGAUUUUAGAUACCCCAUUCCUGAUUCAUCCCACCAAGAAGAACUUCCUUCCUGGGAUGCUCUUUCAGAAUUGGAGCACUGACUUGACUUGGGAAAGCAUGUACAGGGAGUGCUAUGAGAACAACGGUCUGUAUCACGCUCUGCAGUUGGAAACCAUGUUCAAAAUCAACUACUUCCUCAACAGAUCUCUGUACAACCAGGAUCUGGCCAAAGUGUUUGAGAAGGUGCAAGUGGACCUGCAGGACGUUACACUGCUGGAGCAGGCUGGCAGGGACAACCUCAUCAACUUCGCCAACUCUGGAAUUGGACACAUUGAUUAUGAGGCAUACCUGUUUGAGGUGAAUAAGGGGGUCACUCAGGCGGAUCUGCUGUCCUUCUCUACUGACCUGGAGGCUCAGGCUGACCAACUACCACGUGGUGCUCUGCAGAAUGCUCUGAAAGGACACGCCAGCAGUAUCAGACAGAUUCAAAGGGAACAGGUGGUGCCCAUGGAACAAGCAAUGAAUACGAUGAACCAGAGUGUCAGACUGCUUCAGAGGGUAUCCAGUGACCUGCCGGUUAAGGUUACUAAUAUCCUGAGUGCCAUAGAUGCGGCAGAGUAUCUCAUCGCAUAUAACGCCUCCAAUGUGGUGACGCAGGAAACAACCGGCUACAUGGAGAGCUUGGUGGGAUACUUCAGACAGUACACAGAAUGGGUUAAAACCUCAUUGACUGCAGAGGUGGCCCAGUGUAAACCCAUCAGUAACAUUGUAGACAGCGUGGAGAUUGUAGCAUGCAGCUUCAUAGUGGAUUCAGUGAACACAUUCUGGUUUGGUCUGGGAGGCUGCUGUAUCCUUCUGAUCCCCAGUAUCCUCUUUUCUGUCAAACUGGCCAAGUAUUACAGAAGGAUGGACACGGAGGACGUCUUUGAAGAUUCCUCUUACCUGUGGCUCAUUGCACUUUGAUGUUUGUCUGCUGUUCACGCAUCCUUUUGUUCUCUUUCACAUGCCAGUUCUUUUUUGGGAUGAGAUUUUUCCACUCUGGAUCUUUCUCCUCAUUUUUUUUCACCAUAAAUCACGAGCAUAACCUUUCCUUGAAUGGAUUCUUGUUUCAUCAUCUUACCUCACGUCACGUCGAGAGUGACACUGUUUGAGUGUCACUCCAUCCUUGUUGCUUUCUCCGGUGUCUUCUUGAUCUCUUUCUCACCUGUCUUCCCUCGCUCUUAU